AUGUCACUUUCUAGCAAACUCGGAAGCCUUUUGAGACAGAAUGGGCAAACCCCAAUGAUAUCAUCGAUGCUUAACUCUCUUCGUUGCAUGUCGAGCAAAAAGCUUUUCAUUGGAGGUCUUUCAUAUGGAACUGAUGACCAAAUUCUCAAGGAAGCCUUUUCUGGAUUUGGUGAGGUUACUGAAGCUCGGGUUAUCGUCGAUAGAGAGACUGGGAGGUCUAGGGGCUUUGGUUUUGUUAACUAUGCUGAUGAUGAAGUUGCCAACAAUGCCUUGUCAGCCAUGGAUGGACAAGAACUCAAUGGGAGAAAUAUUCGAGUCAGCUAUGCUACUGAAAGGCCUAGUGGCCCUCGUUCUUUUGGUGGCAACAGUGGUGGAUUCCGUGGUGGUAGAGGUGGCUUUGGAGGGGAUUCAGAAUUCUAGGCUCUCGAAUCGGAACUUGUCCAAGGACUUUCUUCUGUAGCAAGUAGUUAUUAAGAUUCAAGGAUGUGUAUUUAUUUUCAACGAUUGCUGAACUUAUGCUAUAUUAUGCCUAUAACUUUAUGCUAUAAGGUCAAAUUUUUCCCA